CAUCUCACUCUGUUGUCUGAGAGCUCUGCUGAACAGGAGCAGAAACCUAAACCGAUCCCGGACUGUCAGUCUGUGUCCAGCUCUAAAAGCCUCCUGAAUGGGAGAAGAGAGGACGAGUUAAAGUGUUCAAGCUGAUCCACGCAGACGGACGAGGAGCGGGCUGUGGAGAAAAACAUUGAAUCUGAAAAGUUUUUCGGAUCUUUCUGCUGCUUCGAGUCUGGAUCCCGUUUGAACUUCAGCUGCACGAGCGAGGAGCUGUGAGACUCCGCGGAUUCAUAAACUAGUCCUCCAACCAGACCUCAAGUCCACAGCAGGAAGGUUGCCAUGGUGAACAGCAGAGUGGAGGCGCCCACAUUGGCGGUGAUGGGCGGUGGCGGUGUGACGGCAGGCAGGUCGUGUGCGGGUUGUGGAGAUCGCAUAGCGGAUCGUUUCCUGCUCUUCUCCAUGGAGCGGUACUGGCACACGCGGUGUCUGAAGUGUUCCUGCUGCCACGCGCCGCUGGGAGAGUUCAGCAGCACCUGCUACAGCAAGGGAGGAAUGAUCCUGUGCAAGAACGACUACAUCAGGCUGUUUGGACACAGCGGAGCAUGCAGUGCUUGUGGACAGUCGAUACCUGCGAGUGAGAUGGUGAUGAGGGCGCAGGGUAAUGUUUACCACCUAAAGUGUUUUACGUGUGCGACCUGCAGGAACCGUCUGGUCCCCGGAGAUCGUUUUCACUACAUCAACGGGACCAUUUUCUGUGAGCACGACCGGCCGGGUGGAGGUCUGCUGAGCCGACAUCCGACUCCACUGCAGGCCAACGGCAUGAUGCCCGACCAGAAGGUCUGCUGAGGACGAGGACGUAAAUCAAUCGUGUGCCUUCUCCCCCACCUUUCUCCUGUCUCUUCAUCAUCAUCCUCCACCUGUAAAUCCUGCCAUUGACUGACCCUCCUCACCUCUGAUGGACCUUCACUGCUGGUGGUUCAGAUUUCAACAUCAGGGGAAGAUCUGGACCAGGCCUGUGCUCUAGCAAUCGGAGGAGGAUACUGAGACUGGUGGAUUUUAUUUAUACAGUAGACUCUUUCUUCUUUGUGACUCUUCUCUGCGGGGAUUAUUGUGAACUACAGAAAUAUAACUGAGAAGAACUAGUUUGGCUAACGAUGCAUAAACACUAUAAUGGACCUGUUAUGAGCUAACCAGUCGCAGUGGACCUUGAAUAAGGAGAAAACGCUGACAGCUUUGUGACUCCUGCAGGAGCUGGAAUAUAUCAGCAACUCCACAAAAUGACAAAUUGGAUUGAUUCACCGGACAUGAGAUACCAGAUUUUUCAUUCCGCUCUCGGACUGGCCGCUGAACAAAAACACCUCUAUUGAUAACUGACGCUUUUACUCUGUGUGAUUCUUUGUGAAACAUGCAAAUGUUAGGGUGGUUUCACACUAGGAACCCCGGCCCAGAUCCGAGUACGCUUGACCCCAAAGUCUGGUUCAUUUGAUCAGUGUGAACACAAACAUACCGUACUCUUGCCAAGCACAAGUCCGCUUGAAGAGGUGGUCUCAAGCACGAUUGAUGUGUAGUCGAGAUGCACCGGUUGCUCAAACAAGAAAGUGAACCGCUAAAUAACUUCUAAACAUCUCCUGUCUCUUCCCCUUUCCUCCUCUGAGCUGCACGCUAGAUGUGGAAGUAGGAUGAUGGUCGUUGUUGGCGUCUCAGAAAUAACAAAAACAUCCACAGAAAGCAGGAUGGACUCAGCCCGCGAGUGGUUGCCAUGGUUGCUUCUUCUUCUUAUUUCUGCUUUUUAGCCGAUUUGCAAAUCAACUAUGUGCAUACUGACACCUGCUGAAUCAGACUGUGUACUCGAGUCCAGAAAGAUGUUACUAAUGUGAACGCAGACCGGAGGGGGGAGUUAUCGUGCCUAGUGUGAAAACACCCUUAAUCUCUGCUUUGUUUUUGAUCACAGUGUGUCUCUGAUGUUACAUUCCUGCCACCAACUGAAAUCUUUAGAUGAAAUCUUUGUAGACAACUGAUAUCUUUGUCUUAACUGCAGCUAAAGCAUCACAGGGCGGAUACAAACAGUGCUCCAUAUGAACAGCGUUUCUUUAUGUUCUCGUCCUCUUCAGCUGUUGAUCGUAGCCUCAGACAUCAUGAACACUUAUCAGGCUGGAGAUAUACACACCAGAGAGGUCAGCCUUAAACGGGACGUAAACAUCAGACAUGGUGACUCUAGAGGAGGUUACUAUUAUUUUAAUUCUGAGGUCAGAACGUAUAAAACAGUAACAUCAAUAAUGAAUAGUAACACCUGUCCUCUCUCCGUUUCAACAACAUUUUCCUCCCGGCAUGGACAUAACGACCCGGUGUUUAGGUUUAACAAGUGACCCUGUUAACUGGUGACUUUUAGCAAAAUGUCUCUUUGUUUAGUUUUCAUGAUAUUGGUCAAGUGUAAUAACCAGAUUUGUAUUGAUGAAAAACUCAAUAAAUAAAAAUGCAGCAUCAAAUGCAUUGGGCCCAGAGUCGCCAGUUAACAGGGUGACUCGUUGAAACAAAACACAGACAAUGUUUCUAUUUCGUUUUUCAGGUUUCUGCGACUUCCAUUUUACAGAACUGAUCUGUCGUCAGCUAGUUUGACAAAGUGACACAACAAUCUGAUGUGGCUAUCGGGGACUCUGUUUGUCAGCUUGUCCUUAAAAACGUUCUGCCGUUGAUGUCCCCUCUGCUGUUGACUCUGUCACAUCCAAGCGGCCACCUCCUGUGUCAAAAAAUGCAGCCAAAGCGGAUAAGCAAAAUCCUGCAGUUCAUCGAGUCGCCACUCGAGGCUGGCUGCAGAAGCCCCGAAAGUCACAUACACACCCAUUCAUAGAAGCAGAGAUGAACAUGUUUACAGCCUGGUUCAAAAAGUUAAAUAGGUCUGAUUAGCUCAUGACUCGAUCAGCACACACUGUAAGGGUGAUGAAUUAUUUUAACUCAUCCAUUUAGAUUUUAAGUUUUUCAAAAUAAGGCGCGUGGCUAACCUGAUUGACAGACGGGGGCGUGUAGCUGUUUGUCCGGAGGCUUAAGUCCCGCCUCAGCAAUUAGCCUGUCGUUAGGUUGAGACUCCAUUUCCAAUAUAGUGACCGCCAUCGACGUCACUCAGGCUUCAUCCACUAGCAUUUACAGCCUACGGUCACAUCCCCUCUGCCUCUACACUGCCCCUUCUGUUCAUGUACAAACAGCGUCUUGUGUCUGCAUCGUUUUAAGCUAGCUUGACGACACGCGCACCUGAUGAUCCAAACAGACACAGGUGACUCGAGGCAGCCAUUAUGCAGAUGCUUAUGCAAAGUUAAAAUCAAAUGUAUCUCUGACCUCGAGGUUCAUUCAGUGUUUAAAUUGUGUUUUGAAAUAAUGUGCUGCAAGAGAUUUAGCAGCAGCUAAAUAAACUGUUUUGAAUGUUU